AGCCUAAAAGACAUGACAUGAAAGAGAAUGCACCAAACUUGAAGAUUGUGCAUAAUCUUAACGUAACAGCUCCAAGAACAUCAAAGAGACAGCCGCUCCAAGACUUGGGGAAGAACUAGAAGACGAAUCUGCAUAUCUCAUGCACUUAUCUAAAAUUUCUCUUAUUCGCUAUAAUAAUCUCUGCUUCUAUUAUGUACUUUGAAACACCUAUCUUGAAUCAAUACUACUAAGCUAAAUAACGUUUCAAAUUUGCAGUAUUGAAUGUGUCUUGUGUUUUUAUAAAAUACUUUGCCUUGUGCUUUCUUCUGUUGCAGAUGAUCAAAUAGUCUGUUAGCACAUGCACCAAACCUAUUUCUUCCAUAAGAUUUUGAUGGUGGCUGUAAUUUGUUUCGGUUGAAUUGAAUCAAAUGAGUUCCAGGUCAAGUGAUCCUAAUCUGGCCCAUUAGCAUACUCGCUUGUCAACAAUAGUAAAUGUUCUAUAGUCCCACUUAUAACGCAGGUUUAAUACAGUAAUAAUACCCACUACGCCACUCAGUACUAAUUAUCUCACAAUCUAAUCAGCUUCCCCUCGUAAUUACUUUGGCCCUUCCACUCUACCAUUUACUUGUAACAGUCAAGUCCUAAGUGACUAUAUAAACUCUCUAAGGUUAUCUCUCAUUUCUCAUCACAAACAUAAGCAAAUUCACCAUAUCCACUCUUAAUCUUUUUUUCUUUCGACCUUACCAAUCUGCGAGAUAUGGCUAUCAAAUCCAGUUUCAUGGUUACCACGCUCAUGCUCAUGGUGGCUUCCUCCAUAGUGACAGCUCGACCUCUCAUGAAACCAUCUGUGGGCUCGUCGUCUUCCCCCACAAGCCUUGUGUACAGGCUCAGGCUUGAUGAAGAUACAGGUUACUGCUGGGACUCACUGAUGCAGCUCCAACACUGCUCUGGAGAGCUGAUCCUGUUCUUCCUCAACGGUGAGACUUACAUUGGCCCUGGGUGUUGCAGUGCUAUAAAAACAGUUGGACGCAAGUGUUGGCCUACUAUGAUUGGUGUUCUUGGGUUUACUGCACAAGAAGGUGACAUGCUCCAAGGUUACUGUGACGGCCAUGACUCUGACAACAAUGGUGAAGACCAUGCUCUUGCCUCCUCACCACUGCCUCUGUCCGUGAACUACAACAAGCCUACGGUUGCUAGAUCCUUUUAUAACCCUUGAAUCAUAGUAUUCAUUCCGGUUACACGCC